AAAAGUUCCGUGCGGCCGGACAUGGCGAGAGCUAUAGGCUAGGGCAGAUUAUUCAGUACAGCUUAGAGCCAGGCAAAGGACUUGGAUUUUAUCCCAUGGAACCUAGAGAGCCACGCAGGGAGGGGGCCACAGCAGAGGAAGUUAAACGGUCGCUGGGAGCACAGGCUGUCAAGUGAGGCAGAUGUGAGUCCAAUCCUGAGUCCACCAAUUACCUGCCGUGUGACCUUGGGUUGGGAGUACUGUGUCCUUAGUCACAAAGAGACACAGACAGGGGACUGUCAGCUGGUGCUGGAGGAGCUGAGCAGCGAGUCAUCAGCAACUGGAAGCACCUGAGGGGCAGACAUUCCGCCCACCCCGUCCUCCGGGCCCGAGCAUGCUGCUGAGCAGAAUGUCCGCGGACGACCGGCACCUGAGCUCCAGCUGCGGCUCCUUCAUCAAGACGGAGCCGUCCAGCCCGUCCUCGGGCAUCGAUGCCCUGAGCCACCACAGCCCCAGCGGCUCCUCGGACGCCAGCGGCGGCUUUGGCCUGGCCCUGGGCCCCCAAGCCAACGGUCUGGACUCGCCGCCCAUGUUCGUCGGCUCCGGGCUGGGGGGCACCUCGUGUCGCAAGAGCUACGAGGACUGUGGCAGCGCCAUCAUGGAGGACCCGGCCAUCAAGUGCGAGUUCAUGCUGAACGCCAUCCCCAAGCGCCUGUGCCUCGUGUGCGGGGACAUUGCCUCCGGCUACCACUACGGCGUGGCCUCCUGCGAGGCCUGCAAGGCCUUCUUCAAGAGGACCAUCCAAGGGAACAUCGAGUACAGCUGCCCGGCCACCAACGAGUGUGAGAUCACCAAGCGGAGGCGGAAGUCCUGCCAGGCCUGCCGCUUCAUGAAAUGCCUCAAAGUGGGGAUGCUGAAGGAAGGUGUGCGUCUUGACCGAGUGCGUGGAGGCCGCCAGAAAUACAAGCGACGGCUGGACGCGGAGAACAGCCCGUACCUGAGCUUACAGAUUUCCCCACCUGCUAAAAAGCCAUUGACCAAGAUCGUCUCCUACCUGCUGGUGGCUGAGCCAAACAAGCUCUAUGCCAGGCCUCCCCCUGGCAUGCCUGAGGGCGACAUCAAGGCCCUGACCACUCUCUGUGACCUGGCGGACCAAGAACUUGUGGUCAUCAUCGGCUGGGCCAAGCACAUCCCAGGCUUCUCGAACCUCUCCCUGGGGGACCAGAUGAGCCUGCUGCAGAGCGCCUGGAUGGAGAUCCUCAUCUUGGGCAUCGUGUACCGCUCGCUGCCCUAUGACGACAAGCUGGCGUACGCUGAGGACUACGUCAUGGACGAGGAGCACUCCCGCCUGGCGGGGCUGCUGGAGCUCUACCGGGCCAUCCUGCAGCUCGUGCGCAGGUACAAGAAGCUCAAGGUGGAGAAGGAGGAGUUUGUCACGCUCAAGGCCCUGGCCCUGGCCAACUCAGAUUCCAUGUACAUUGAGGACCUGGAGGCGGUCCAGAAGCUGCAGGACCUGCUGCACGAGGCCCUGCAGGACUACGAGCUGAGCCAGCGCCACGCGGAGCCGCGGAGGACGGGCCAGCUGCUGCUGACGCUGCCCCUGCUGCGGCAGACGGCCGCCAAGGCCGUGCAGCACUUCUACAGCGUCAAACUGCAGGGCAAGGUGCCCAUGCACAAACUCUUCCUGGAGAUGCUGGAGGCCAAGGUCUGACGGCCCGGCACUCGGACGGACUCCUGCCUGUGGACAGACAAACGGCCGGCCGGAUGCAGAGACCUCCUCAGCCACCAGCCUCGACCUGCAAGCCCGUGUCAUGGCCACGAGCAGUCCCAGAAGAAGGGGCUACGUGCCUCCCGGCUGCGUGCAGAGGCAUUGGUGUUGGGGGGCGGGGAACGGGGAUGGGAGGGCAGGGCGUGGGGCUCAUCUGUAACUGGCUUUUUCUUUGGUAUGUUUUUCCUCCUCCAUGGGCAGUGCUGAGACUGGAGACCACUGAGGAGGGGCCCUCUCCCCACCAAACCACCCAGAGGCAGCUCAGACAUUUCCACCCUCCCCCACCCCUGGCCUGGUGGGCAGCGCUGGCACCCAGGACUCUGGCACACUCACGUGGGUACCACCUGGAGCUGUUCCUUUCUCAGAGGGCAGGUGCUUGUCCUGGGAGGCCCUGCCUACUCUGGGGUUCCAGAGGUCCCUCAAGGGGCCCUAGACCUUCCACAGGCCAGCAGGCCCCUCCCUCCACACAUCCCCUCAGCUCCGCACACACCCAGCUCCCAGCAGGGACUCACUGUCAGGAGAGCAGCUGCUAGACUCAUGCAUUUUCCUGGGCCCUCGGUGCCCUGUCUCCCUGAACCUGCCUAUCUCUUCUCCCCCAGGAACCCCCUGCUGCUCCCCGCCCCCACCUCAGAGCUCACUGAGACCCUGCUUCAGCAGCCAAGGUGGGGCCCACGGCUGGAACAGUGUUAGCUCACAGAAGAGCUCCCAGGCCCCCCUUUCUCUUUGCCUUUACCGUCCCUCUGUCAACCUUCAGGGCAGUCCAGAGCUGGUGGUCUGUGGGACGUGGGGGAUGUGCAGGGCCCUGGCCCCGUCCCAGGACACCCUGGGCACCCCGAGUCUAGGCUGGCAGUCCUGGUAGGACCCGGGCAGGAUGGAGAGAGGCCCAAACCAAUGUUUGCUGAGCACAGAAAACCCCGAAGCAGAGAGAAGCAGGAUGGGAAACCUGAAGACGGGGAGCUCAGUGGAGGUCACCAGCCUCUGAUUGUCCUGGUUCUGGGGUAGUGGCUCCCAGGACACCCCUCCCUGCAUUCCAAAGGGCUGGGAGAAUGGGUGCCAUGGGGUGGAGGUGGCUCCGGCCGCCCUCUAAGCAGGUGUGGUCACUGGGAGGGCCCAGCUCUCCGGCGGAACCACGCAGCCCCACGCUGCUGUGAGGGGUGACCAAGCACCCCAGCUUGCCCAGGAUGUCCCUGGUUUUAGCACUGAAAGUCCGUGUCCCGGGACAUCCCUCCGUCCGGGAAAAUGGGGACAGCCUGCCCCCCGAGUGGCCGCGAAAGUCCGUUGUAGCCAAGGGGGGCGGACGGCUCUGACCGCCCCGUCUGGUGUGACAGGUGGCUGAGGGCAGCUUAGGGGCCCCGAGGAUGGACGAUGCCCGUCCCGGCCUUGUGACUGCCUUGUGACGCAGGCAUCAGAGCCGCCCCACCUGGGACACUUUUCUGGGGAAUCCACACCCAACCUCCGGUCACCUGGAGAGGCAGGCAGACCCCACCCACCCGUCGCUAGGACCCCAGGAGGCCAGGCGCCCUCUUCCACACCUUCGUGGUCUUUCUAAAGCAAACCGGGAACUGCGGUUGCUGGUCCCCUCCAUCUCCACACGGACCAGUUUCCCAGGCAGGAGGGCUGGCUGCCGUCCUCCCUCCUGAAGGAGAGGUGAAGGGUUCCCAGGGACUCAGACCAGGGACGUGCUCCCCUCCCCUGUGGCUGUGGGGAACCCAAGGCCACCGCCACUAGACAGUCAGCAUUGGAUUACACUCCGUCCCUAGCUCUGUGUGGGUCCCCACCGUCCCUGGUCUGGAUGGACACACAGACACCUCAGCAUCAAGGAAUGGGGACCAAAGCCCACGUUUAACUUAACCGUUAGUGGCCGUGCCCUGAGGUCUGAACUGGAGAACUCCGGGUGCGAGAACGUGCCCCUCACUGUGCCGAGUGCUGGAGGAGGCAGGCCAGAGGGUGCAUCUCCUCACCUGGGCUCCCACCUCUAUGGGGCAUCACUUCCUGCUCCAGCGUGACGACCGCGCUGCCAGCCUGGCAGGGCUUGUGUCCCACUGGCACCUGCAGUCCUCUCCUGGGAAAAGCCUCUAAGGGCACCACCACUGGCUUGGAGUGGGCAGUGUUCUGUGCCCGGAGCAGCUCCCUCGAGGCCCCUUCCCAGCAGAGAGGGGUGGUGGCCCUGGGUGUCAGUCAGGUGCUGCUGCUGAUGCUUUUAACAGUUUAACUGUUAGGGCAACGGAAGUCCGCUCAGUGGGACGGCCCUGCGUGCACCUGAUGGAGCCACGGGCCUUCCCAGAACAUUUGGGGCCAGCUUCUAGGUGGGAAGCCUCGCAGCACUGAGACCUCCCUGGGAAGAGGGUGGCCCUGCCUUAGAGGGGGGGGGGGGGUGCGUUGAGGAGAGGUUAGGGACACCCAGCCCCCCAAACAGGACAGAAUUCAAGUUUACCCCAAACCUGCUGUUCCGGGAACCCUGUAAAGCGGACAUGGCCCUUCUCAGUUGUACUUUAAUGAUUCAGGUCGACAUAAGAAAUAAAGUGGAAAAAUCCAACCAUGGAGAAGGUGGUACUGGCUGGGUUUUGUUUGGUCCCUGUGUCCCCACCCUUUCUGAAGCCUCUGGCUGGUUUUAUCACGCGUGACCCUGGAUGGUGGCCCCAGGUUAUGCAUACAGGAAACCAGUUCUUUCCCAGGGGGAGGGUCUCAAAGCCAGAGUGGGGUGUGGGCUGGGAGGCCAUGGCAAGGCCUCAGAGGAGCUGAAUCUGCACGCAGGCCACUCUUCCCUCCCCCUGUGCAGAUGGGAGAGGUGGGGAGGGGGGAGCCUGGGAAAGUGGAGACAAACCUGUGACAAGCGGAGGGGCCCAUGCCCAGGGGACAGCACCAAAGAAAAGCACUAUGUGGAAAGAUGAUUUUAUUUUCUAAUAAUGCUAAUGUGGCUGGAAUGGCUUAAGAUGUAUAUAUUUUUUAAAUGGCAUCCCUCAUCGCAUCAGCACCUGUGGUAUUUCCUCUGUAUGUGUUAUCCCCAAGACGCCCCUGUACAUGCAACCCCCUAGGAUUCUCCAGUCCUGGUCCCGUGUAUCUGGAAUCUAAUAAAUAAGGAACGGCCUAUUGGA